CCUGCUUGAAGACCACAUCUGCCUGCUAUGCUGCCAGACUGCUGUAUAUAUUUGCUGGAAAUACACUAUGCUGAAGGAAAUGCUGCUGGACUGCGUGUGAAUUAUUCCUGGACUGCCUGAACCGCCAAAUACUCUGCUAAACUGUGAUUUCUGCUGAGAAAACUGACACGUAAUUGUGGCAGCUCUCCUGUUUGUCAGAAAAUAGGACGUGCGAAUCACGUUGCUGAAGCGGAACUUCAGAGAAUGCCUGUUAUUUCCAAACCUUUGAAAUAAACCGAGUUGGGACGUUGUGGGACCUUUCCCACCCAGUGAGACUGUGUUUUCUCCUUCCCGCUUCCAGUGGCCUUUGAGGAGGUGACCCCGUAUUGCCCCCAACUCAGAGGGUGGGAUCUUCUGGAUCGAGGCUUGAGAUCUCUGCACCAGGAUCUCCUACUGGAAACGAGGUCUUCCAGGUAAGGAUCCCGUUGUCUCCUGGGCUGAGACUGUGAAGGAUGAUGGUUGGAAAAGAUUUCUGGGAACGACGUCUCUGCAGAAUGGGGUGAGAUGAUUUGAUGCUCUCCCAGUUUUCUCUGGACAAAAAGAGAAACCCAAAGCCCCCCCUAAAGCAGCUUGGACCUCAAUCUUUCUAAUUAAAGGGUGUCGACAGAGGUCAGCGGGUGGCAGCGAGAUAAAGGACGUGUGAGCUCUGUGUUGGGUGAAACAAGCAGGGGCCAUGAGGUUUCACUGUGCCUGGAGGUUUGUAGCACCACCACCAUCGCUAUGGCAACCCGCGUUCCAGUUUAUGUAUUUUUCGCAUUACGUAAUGUCCUGGAGGACACAUUGGUUUUGUAACCCGAGAUGAUGAAGAACAGGAGAGGAAGAAUUGCCCAGCAACAUCUGGGGCAACCUGGGCAGGAACUCAUGAUCAAGCAAGAAAACAGAGAACUGAAAAUAGGAAUGACCAGGCAUGGACUUCACAUGAAAGGAAUAAAGCAGGGGAGAAACCACGUAAACGCAUGUCACCUCAGUAGGCAUCAAAGAACACAUGAAGGCGAGAAACUGUAUGCAGGGGAGAAUAUGUAUCCAUGUAUGGAAUGUGGAAAGAGCUUCAGUCAGAGUAGUCAGCUUAGGGUACAUCAAAGGACCCACACUGGGGAGAAACCACAUAAAUGCAUGGAAUGUGGAAAGAGCUUUAGUCAUAGUUCUGCCCUUAAGUUUCAUCAAAGGACUCACACUGGGGAGAAACCACAUGAAUGCAUGGAAUGUGGAAAGAGCUUUACACUCUCCAGUUCGGAGCUGAUGGUCCUUGUCUCAGCGUUGACAUUGAGGUCCCUGAGGUUUAUUGUCCUGGGAGAUUCUAAUGUUCUUGCCAAGGCUGAGGCCACAGGAGCAGCUCUUGAGUUCUUGGAAACCAUGGCUUCCUUGGAUGUGUCCCAACAUGUGAAGGGCUCGUGA